AUGGAUAAUCAAAAUAAAAGAAGUGAAUUAGAUAUUAAUAAUUUAAUAAAAUACUUUAAAGAAGGAUAUUAUCAAUACCACUUUAUUCAAGAAGCUUCAGACGAUGAAAUAGUACAAUUUAAUCAAUUAGUACCUCAUCCACAAAUGAUAUUCAAGUUUGAUUUAUAUGAUUACCAAAAACAAGCAAUUGUUCAUAUAGAAAGAAAUCAACACGUUAUGGUUGUUGCUCCAACAGCAUCAGGAAAAACGUUAUUAGCUGAAUACGCAAUUGCUAAAUCAAUUAACAUGUUAAAAAGAGCAAUUUAUAUUUCACCAACAAAAGCAUUGUCUAAUCAAAAAUAUCAUGACUUCUCUAUUAGUUUUAAUAAAAAGUAUAUCAGUAUUAUUACUGGUGAUAUAGAGAUUGGAACAUGUUAUAAUACAAUAAGUAUUAUGACUGCUGAAAUUCUUAGAAGUAAACUUAAUUUAAUUCCAUCAUUUUUAAAUAAUGUUGAAUGGAUUAUUAUGGAUGAAGCUCAGUACUUUACUGAUAAAGAAAGAGGAAUUGUAUGGGAAGAUAUUUUAAUUAAUCUUCCUAAAACAGUUCAUGUAUUAUUCUUAUCUGCAACAAUUGAAAAUGUUAAAGAUUUUAUGGAAUGGUUUGGAGAAAAAACUCAAACGAUAUCAUGUCUUGUUACUUGGAAUAAACGUCCGAUUGAAUUAAAACAUUACGUAUAUUCAUUUGACUCAAGUAAAAAUUGUACUAUUGAAGAAAUAAAUACGGAAUUAUUAUCUCAAAAAUUUAUUCCUUCAAAAAAAAUUCGUUUAACCUCUAAUGAACUUUUAAACCCCAUUCAGAAAAUUAAAAAAAGUAAGGAAAAACAUUUGUUGGAAUUAAACACAAAAAGUUAUCGUUCUUAUUAUUCUGGAGAACCUGAAUCUAGUUAUGUUAAACUUUUUGUGAAAGAAAUCGUCUUAAAUGAUAUGUGCCCAUGCAUUAUUUUUGUCCCAACAAAAAAGAAUGUUAUGAAAUAUACUUCAGAUGUGUGUCAGUAUAUUAAAGAAAAUCAUUUAUUCAAAGUAAGCGAUGACUCAAAAAAAUAUAUUGAUAACUUGUUUGAGGAAAUGACUAAAAAUUUACCAGAAAUAGAAAAGUCAAUUGAUGAGUUUGAUUUAGUAAAACAAUGGUUAAAAACUGGUAUUGGUGCGCAUAAUGCUGGACUUCUUCCAUUAUCAAAAGAAAUAACUGAAAUAUGUUUUAUGAAACAAAUUAUCAAAGUGUUGUUUGCCACUCAAACAUUUUCUGUUGGUGUUAAUUCUCCUACUAGAACGUGCGCCUUUGUUACUACAAAGGUAUAUGAUAAUGACCAAGGGUUUGUUGAUAUGAAAAAUGGACAAUACCAACAAAUGAGUGGAAGGGCUGGAAGAAAGGGGUUUGAUGAUUAUGGGAAUGUAAUUUUUUUAAGUACACCAAAAUUCAUAAUAACACCACAAAGAUUACACUUUAUUACAGAACAUCCUAAGGAAAUGGAAAGUAAGUUUUCUUUGAAUUGUGAUAUUGUCUUAAAGUGGUUAAAAAAUGGGAAAGAGGAUAUUGAGAAGAAAGUUUUUGAGUCAUUUGAUUACUUUAAUCAUUUAAGGUUAAUAAGAAGAAGAGAUAUAGCUCUUCGAUUUAAAGAACAAUUGCAGAAUGAAAAAUAUGAAAGAAUAGGACUGUCUGAAAAAAAAGAGUUAGAAAGUCUUAUUAAUCAUAUUGUUAUUGAACAAAAUGAAUUAGAUAAUGAGAUUGAAAGGAUAAAAGAGAGUAUUAAUAAAAUAAUGAGUGUACUUGAAGAACUUGAUUUUACAUAUAAUGGAAUUCCUACUGAAAAAGGGAAAUAUUCUUGGUAUUUUAAUAUUGUUGAUAGAGUGUUAAUGACAAAUAUAAUGUAUAAUAAAUGUUUUGAAAAACUAAAUAAUGGAGAAAUUCUUUCAUUUCUUAGUGUAUUUGUUAGUGACUGUAAUAAGAGACCUGAUGAGAAGAAAAGUGAGGUUCAUAAGAAAAUAGAGACUUUAAUUGAAAAUGAAAUUAGGUUAAUUGAAAUAAGUGAGAAAAAUAAUAAAAUUAAUGAACAAGAACAAAUUCGUUAUAGAUUACGUUUGUCUUAUGGAAUGGUUGAUGGGGUAUGUAUUCUUUCAAAUGAAAAUUCUAAUAUCAAAGAUGUUGUCAGUCAUUGUAGUGAUAAAAGUUAUGGCAAACUUAUUUAUUGUAUUAAAAGAAUUAGAGAAUUGCUUCGUGAACUUAUUUUUAUUUCAAACGAACUUAAAGAUGUUUCUUUACUUUCUCGUUUUGAUUUCCUCUACACUCUUCUAGAAUCUCCACUUAUGACAAUUCCAAGUAUUUACACUAAUUUAGAAUUAGUAGGGGAUUUAGGAGUUCACCCAAUUCAACUGCUUGUUAAUCAGUGA